AUGUCCAGAUUAAAUGUCCAUUUCAACAUAUUUAGUAACCUGUCAUCAUCAAUUUAUCAAGAUACUGAUGUAAAAAGUGGCAAUUCUAUGAAACAAACGGAAGGUCAGAAGAAACAACAACAACAACAACAACAACAAGAAACAACACAGCCACAGGAACAGGAACAACCACAAACACAAACAAAAACACACGAUCAACAACACGACAAUUCAAAUAGAGAAGCCACGUCUAUUAUUGCUCCUGCUGCUGCUGCUGCUGCUGCAUCACAUCUGUAUGAUAACUCUAUCACUCAUAGUGAAGAUAACAAAACCACCCAAGAAAAGCUGACUUCACAUCCUCAAGCACAUCAUCGUACCACCUACCAUUUCCAUCUACCAGGAUACAAAUCGUCAUCAUCAUCAUCAUCAUCACCACCACCGCCAUUGAGUAGUGGUAGUGGUACUGUCGCUACUGAGGCAACUACUGCGACUACUGCGACUACUGCAACUACCGCAGCAGCUGAAAUGGGAUCGGCUCGUAACACAAACUCAUCAAACCCUACUUUACAGCAACCACAGCCUCAGUCUCCCAAGUCACAACAGCUUUCUAAUCACCACCACCAACAACAUCAGCAACCCACUUCUGCCUCCCCUAACAAGGAUGAGAGAUUCCAUAAACUUGUCAAGAAAACAAUCAACAAGUUGAAGUUGUCGCCAGCUGUACCGACUGUUGCUCCCACAAGUCCAGAAAUCAUUGACAAACAAGAGCAACUGCAACUGCAACUGCAACUGCAACUGCAAUUGCAACCAGAACAACAAGCCAAGAGCCACGCCCACUCAAACUCAAACCAUCAAGGUCAAUCACCUUCUCAACAAAAUCAUCAUCAUCUUGCUACACCACUUACUCGGUCACGUUACAAUUCGGUUGCUUCUUGUAACUCGUCCUCAAGUGAUAUCUUUGAAAGAUCUGUCACCAAUGGUAGUUCAAUCCUCACUUUUACAAAUCCUGAAACACCGUUCCACCAUAAUAUAGAAAACUACACUAGUCCAAUAUUAGACACGACUGCAGAAAUCUUGGUUAAUCCAAACAUUCAAUUAGAUCAAGUCAAGUUAAAUUGUUAUUGUGAUGGUGAUAUCACAUCAUUACCUUCAUGCGUCUCGUUCAAGGGAAGAGACUCCUUCUUCAAUCCAAAGUAUAACAACAAUAACAACGACAACAACAACAACAACAACAACAAUGGUAAUGGAUGUAACAAUGCCGAAUGCAAGUUCAAGCCAAAUAACCAAUCAACUCUGAGCUUAUCAUCAGCACCAGCUCCUGUGCCUGGUUCAUCGAAUGCAGUUUCACCAACUUUAAGACCAAGAGCAAGAAGCAUAAUCUCGCAACUGAUAAUUUCAACGUUGGAUAACUCAAAACACCACAAUAACUCCAACAGCAAUGGUAACUCACAUCUUAGCAAAGUUAAAUCUACUACAUCUGCUAGUGGCAUCUCCUUCUUAUCUAGACCUCAAAUGGCUAAUUUAAGAUCUUCCAGCUUUGCUGGAAAUACUAGUCUUUUACGUAAUAAAACCAUCCCUGAUGGUUCUGUUUCAAGUGCAACUACAAAUACUCCUAAUUUGGGAAAAAAUAUUGUAAUCACUAGGAAAUCGUCACCCAAAUUGGCAAGCUUAGUUACACGGUCGCAAUCGGGUGCUAAUUUAGCAACUUCACCCACAUCACCAAUAUCCCACAAUUCAACGUCGUCCAAAAGUAAAUCCUCGCCUUCAGCUUCAGCUUCGCAACCCAAAUAUUCUCAUUCUUCCUCAUCCAAUACUCAUCCAACUAUUAGUCAACCACCAGUUAUUGAUUUCUACUCAUUUGCUGAUAUGUGCACUCACGAAGAUGAAGAGCUUGAACAAGGAGUUGCAGAAGAAUAUGAGAGAGUGCAACAAGAUGAAGAUAAUCGCCACGGCGACGUUGACGAUGACGGUGAAAACGAAGAAAUCGACCCCUUGGAUGAAACCAAUAUUCAAGAGUUUGGUUUCAAUAGUAUCAGCAGUAGUGGAAGCGGUAUGAUUAGUGCUGGUGGUCGCGAUGGAUCUAUGUCUACUGGCGAUACGAUGUUCAUUAGAGAGAUUCCAGUUAGAAGAGGUAGUUAUGCUACAAUCAAUGCUAAAGAUUAUAUAGGUGUUUUAUAA